CAGCGGGCCAGAGCUCGGGGAGGUAGUUCCCGCAGGGCGAGCUGCUUGGGAGGAUUUCUGGCAAAGGGAUUUUUCUUUAGGGAGUUAACAUAAUCUGAGUUUUGGGGAGCAGAAAAAGAAAAGCACGAUUUGAGGUCUCUAUCCGGAUUCUGUACGUGGACUGGGAUCAGACGUGUGGCGAGCAGUGAUCUGUUACAGUGUACCUCAAAGUUACAACUGGAAGGAGAGAAACUCUGGUGCUGAGGCAGAAAUGUACAUUAAAGGAAUGAAAGGAUGGGAACAUCUUGAUACAACUUGACAAUGAGAAAAAACAUAACAUGGGGCUGUGGCCUGAAGUAAACACUUUUUUUCAAAUUAGGACACGCCUUUGCAAGUACUCCAGCCUUUCGCCUUUCUGAAGUGUCGACAUUUUCAUAAAAAUGCUUACUUACUUUUUUUAAGCAGAGAGAAAAGACUUGUCCAUGGAAUCAGUCAAGCAACAUGGCAAAUGCUCUUGCAAAUGCCAUCUGUGAGCGCUGCAGAGGCGGCUUUGCACCUGCAGAGAAAAUUGUCAACAGCAACGGUGAACUGUACCACGAGCAGUGCUUUGUGUGUGCCCAGUGCUUUCAGCAGUUUCCCGAAGGGCUCUUCUACGAGUUUGAAGGGAGGAAGUAUUGCGAGCAUGAUUUUCAAAUGCUUUUUGCUCCUUGCUGCCAUCAAUGCGGUGAGUUCAUUAUUGGUCGUGUUAUUAAAGCUAUGAACAAUAGUUGGCAUCCAGAAUGCUUCUGCUGUGAUAUCUGUCAACAAGUAUUGGCAGAUAUUGGAUUUGUGAAGAAUGCUGGCAGACAUCUCUGCCGUCCUUGCCAUAACCGGGAAAAAGCCAGAGGCCUAGGAAAGUACAUCUGCCAGAAGUGCCAUGCCAUUAUUGAUGAACAGCCUCUCAUAUUCAAAAAUGAUCCAUAUCACCCUGAUCAUUUCAACUGUGCCAACUGCGGGAAGGAACUUACUGCUGAUGCUCGGGAGUUGAAGGGAGAAUUAUAUUGUUUACCCUGCCAUGACAAAAUGGGUGUCCCCAUCUGUGGAGCAUGUAGAAGGCCAAUUGAAGGACGUGUGGUGAACGCUAUGGGCAAACAAUGGCAUGUAGAGCAUUUUGUUUGUGCAAAAUGUGAAAAACCGUUCCUGGGUCAUCGUCACUAUGAGAGAAAAGGCUUGGCCUAUUGUGAAACCCACUACAAUCAGCUGUUCGGUGAUGUUUGUUUCCACUGCAAUCGUGUGAUCGAAGGAGAUGUUGUGUCUGCUCUGAAUAAGGCAUGGUGUGUGAACUGUUUCGCUUGUUCAACUUGCAACACUAAGUUAACACUCAAGGAUAAAUUUGUUGAAAUUGAUCUAAAACCUGUCUGCAAACACUGUUAUGAGAAAAUGCCAGAUGAAUUUAAGCGACGACUUGCCAAACGGGAACGCGAAGCAAAGGAUAAAGAUAAGCAAAAAAAGAAAAAGCCAAUCUGUUUGUAAACUUUCCUUUCCUUCCCACCACCACCUCUGCUCCUUUCUUCUUUGGAAUAAAUUUGUUGAGUUUGACAUGAAGCCUGUCUGCAAGAAGUGCUAUGAGAAGUUUCCUCUAGAACUGAAGAAAAGACUGAAGAAACUAGCUGAAACUGUAGGAAGAAAGUGAAGACUGCUCUCCCCUUCCUUUAUAAACAUGUUAUCUAUGUUACUUGAGGGAUUCUUUCUGCUCUGAGGCUACAAUCAGACAACAAAUGAUGAUGCAUGCCUUCUAACUAUCAAAUCUAAGUAUCUUCAAAUUCUUUAUUUGAGAUUUGUUGAUACAUAGAUCAUGCAUACAGACUACAUUAAGUAUAAACUCACCUGAAGGGAUUUUCACCCUGAUAAUACAGUUGAAUACAGUGGCAAGUUGGCCACUGUGCACAACAGCCUCUACAGAAUUCUACAUAGAGGUAAAAUUUGCUUGUGAAUACCUGCAGAAAACACGCUUCGCAAAUGUGUCCAACUUUAUGUACUUCUAGUGUCAUUUAUAUUAAUGAAAGUAUUAAUGUGCAAAUUAAGCAUGCACAUAAGACUUUGAGUGACUUAGGCAAGAAAUUAACUUACCUCCCUUCGUGGAGAAAUCCACCGUUAGAUUCUAGUCCAAGUUGUCCUGUUGUUUCAAACAGCUUGAAAAGUGACAGAUUUCUAAAUACAGUCACUGCAGAAAUGACCUCCUUUUAAUGGAUUAUGCUUACAUGAUGAAUCAUUGUACAUCAGGCUUAGCAUGAAAUAGGUGUAUAAAAUAUAUAUUCCUACUGCAAGAAAUAAGCAUACAGAACGACUUGAAUUUUGCUAUAUUCCAUUUAGAAUAACAUGUUAACUUUUAUAUAUACUUUUGCAUUUUAUUUACUUUUUGUGCCUUAUUCUGCUGGACCAUAGAUAAUAAUGUUCCAUUAAAUAUAUAUAUACAUAUAUAUAUAUAUAUAUAUACAGUUUUAUUUCAUAUUUUUAUGCAGAAAUUAUAUACAAGGUAUUUUCAAAAGAUAACAUGCUUUGCCUUAAUUAUACAGGAUGCAAGAAGUACUGUAUUUCAAAUGUGAACACCUGAGGUUAAAAGUGACCUUCUAGGCUUCAUUAAUUUUUAGAACAGUAUUGAAAAUGCAUAUUUCAAUUAGCUGGCAAUAUUACUUUUACACUAGUGAGUGUAAAUAUACAUGAUUUGAUCCUGCUGGGACCUACUUCUUUAGCCAUCUUCAAGGACUGAGCUCACAAAUUAACAGACUUCUCUGUAACAUACGUUUAACUGUUUUAUACUAUUGACUUCUGUCCAUGCAAAUCUGUUUUAUUUUUCCCCUUCCUUAUAAAAAAUACAGUUACUUAGGAACUGUGAUGCUACAAUCUAGUAUGCAAACACUUUUUUUCACAUUAGUGACUUAAACAGAUUUUAUGUAGCUACAUCCUAGCAACUAAAAUUUCCUUUCCUGUUUAUGAAAAAUUAGUUGAUUUAAAACAUCUGCUUUCCAGUGUCAUCAAUAAAGGCUAUGUUAUUGUUACUUGUA